AUGUCGUUCUUGUUGAAGAAACUGACGCCUGUGUCGAAAAUACUGGCUUUGUUUGCUAAGUUCAGUGCAAAACACCCUAUUCAUGUCAUAUUCACCACAUUGCUACUGGCCGCGAUCACCUAUUUAUCGGUGAUACAGCAUUAUGUUAUCAAUUGGAAAUUGGACUCGAGAUCCAUCUCGGGCUUGAAUCAUUUCAACGCACAGCAUAUUAUCAACAGUUGCACCCAUUAUUACACGGAUUCACAUACUAAUGGCUGGAAAAACUAUAAAUUAAACUCCUCGGAGUUUAGUAUGAAUGGAAAAAACCAUUACUAUUUAUUCACCUUAAACUUCGACCAUUUGGAUGCUUAUAGCCCGGUCAAGAAUUUAUCCAAUGUUAUUCAUGAAAAUUCCGACUACAAGUAUAUUUUACAAGAAGAUAACCAAUUGAGCCCGGAAUACGUCUCCCAUUCAAGCUCAAACUCAAGCGAUGAUGUCGUUUGGAGAUUGACAAACAAGCAGAAUCAUUUGUUCGAAGUCCAAUAUUUGUUCUGGUCAAUUUACAACAAUUUGAUGACUAGGUUCUCAGAAAGUGAGCCGUUUGACAUUUUGAUCAUCCUUGUCGCUUACUUAAUGGUUUUACAAACCGUCUAUUCAUUAUUCGUCGAGAUGAGCAAGACUGGUUCCAAAUUUUGGUUAAGUUUGGCAACUAUUUGCAACUCCGGAUGCGCCUUCUUCUUCUCUUUAUUCACUUUCCAAUUGUUCUUGAAAAACAAUGUCUCCGCAACAAGCUUGGUAGAAGGUUUGCCAUUUAUCAUCGUUAUUGUAGGUUUCAAACAUAAGAUUAGAUUAGCUGAACGUAGCACUAAAUUGUUCCAAAAAGUUGGCUUGUCAAAAAAGACUACAAUCGAUGAAAUUAUCUACGAGUCAAUGUCCAUCGAGGGCACUAAAUUAGUCCAUGACCAUUUAUUAUGCAUUAUCGCUUUCGUUGGCUGUUCUCUAUACGCUAGAGAUCUACAAGUCUUAUCCUAUUUCUGUGCAUUCUGCGCAUUGAUGUUGAUUUACGAGUUAGUCUUAACCUCAACUUUUUACUCAGCUGUUUUAUCACUAAAAUUGGAAAUGAACAUCAUUUACAGAUCGACUAUCAUUAAACAAGCUUUAGAAGAAGACGGUGUAGUUCCAACAACUGCUGAUUUAAUUUACGGCCAAGAGAAUGAAUCAAAACACUCAUUGUUCGGUAGCCACUCAAGUUACAUCAUUAACGGUAUCAAAUUCUCAGUUGUUGCUCUUUUCAUUUUGAUUAACCUUUAUAAUUUCGGUGUCAGAUGGGCAUCAGAAACUGUGUCAUUACUAUACAGAGAUGAUAUGGUUUUGAACGAUUUACCUGAUUUCAUCAAGACAAAUAAAUCUUUGAGCUUAAACGAACCAAUCAUCGUUUCCGUUGCACCAAUUCAAUAUUACCAAACAAGAAACACCUACCAUAAAAUUGAAGACCAAAUUAUGUUGGUGUUACAUUACAUUAGCAAAGUCAUCAGUGACAGAUUCGUUUCAAAAGUUAUUUUCGCUGCCUUCAUCGUCAGUUGUUCCGUCAACAUUUAUUUGUUAAAUGCUACAAGAAUCCACACUUUAUAUACUGCAGUCGAAUUCUCUAAAAGAAAAGCACUCAAUCAAGAUACUAAGAAUACCAAGUCUGCCACCUCUAAAAGUUCAAAGACUGGUAAAGGUAAGUCAGGUUCGAAGAACAAAUCUGGUUUAUCCAAGAUUAUUGCUUCCGCUGCUACUGUGAUUGAAGCAAAGGCUCCUUUAACCACAUCGUCUUCCUCUUCACUAUCUUCUUCUGUUUCUACUACUGCAACUUCCAGCGAUUAUGAAACUGAUACCGAUGACCUAACUGUGAAUGUUCGCCCAAUUGAUGUUUUAGAGGGAAUUAUGAAAGAAGGUAAUGUCAGUACUUUAAGAAAUAAAGAAGUUACUUUACUAGUUGUUAGUGGUAAAUUACCAUUGUAUGCAUUAGAAAAACAACUAGGUGAUACAACUCGUGCUGUUGUUGUCCGUCGUAAAGCAUUAUCUGUCCUAGCUAAUGCUCCUGUUUUAUCUUCUGAUCGUUUACCAUACAAACAUUAUGAUUAUGAUCGUGUUUUUGGUGCUUGUUGUGAAAAUGUUAUUGGUUACAUGCCUCUACCAGUAGGUGUCAUUGGUCCAAUGAUCAUUGAUAAUGUCCCAUACCAUAUUCCUAUGGCUACUACUGAAGGUUGUUUAGUUGCUUCUGCUAUGCGUGGUUGUAAAGCUGUUAAUGCUGGUGGUGGUAUUACUACUGUCAUUACCAAGGAUGGUAUGACUAGAGGUCCAUGUGUUAGAUUCCCUUCGUUAUCUAGAGCUGGUGCUUGUAAAAUUUGGUUAGAUUCUACAGAAGGUCAAAACAAAAUUAAAAAGGUAUUCAAUUCAACUUCAAGAUUUGCCCGUUUACAACAUAUCCAAACAGCUAUGGCCGGUGAUCUAUUAUUUAUUCGUUUCAGAACUACUACUGGUGAUGCUAUGGGUAUGAAUAUGAUCUCUAAGGGUGUUGAAUAUUCAUUGAAGCAAAUGACUGAAGAAUUUGGUUGGGAAGAUAUGGAGAUUGUUUCUGUUUCUGGUAAUUAUUGUACUGAUAAAAAGCCUGCUGCUAUUAACUGGAUUGAAGGUCGUGGUAAAAGUAUUGUAGCUGAAGCUACUAUUCCAGGUGAUGUUGUUAGAAAUGUUCUGAAAUCUGAUGUUAAGGCUUUAGUUGAAUUAAAUAUUUCUAAGAAUUUAAUUGGUUCUGCUAUGGCUGGUUCUGUCGGUGGUUUCAAUGCACAUGCUGCUAACUUAGUCACUGCUGUUUACCUAGCUGUAGGUCAAGAUCCUGCUCAAAAUGUCGAAAGUUCUAACUGUAUGACUUUAAUGAAAGAAGUUGACGGUGAUUUGAAAAUUUCUGUUUCUAUGCCUUCCAUCGAGGUUGGUACAAUUGGUGGUGGUACUAUUUUAGAACCACAAAGUGCUAUGUUAGAUUUACUAGGUGUCCGUGGUCCUCAUCCAACCGAACCAGGUACUAACGCCCGUCAACUAGCCAGAAUCGUCGCUUGUGCUGUUCUAGCAGGUGAAUUAUCUUUGUGUGCUGCUCUAGCUGCUGGCCAUUUGGUCCAAAGUCACAUGGCUCACAACAGAAAACAACCAGCUGCUAAUACUGCAAAUGCUGCAGCAGUCACACCAGCUGUGCCAGCUAUUGUUGCUCAUCCAGCUGAUGAAGUAGGAGAGGAAAAUAUCGAACGUUUAAAAGAAGGUUCUAAAAUUUGCAUAAAAUCAUAA